AUGUCUUCGCCCUAUGUCAGCGAUGGAGCCAUCUCGGAUGCCUCCGAGAGCAGCUACAUAUCCGUUCCAAUAUCUCUUCGUAGUCGCCCUGUCCUGACUCCAGGCUCCCCGGACCCAGGCUCAUCGGAUUCGCGCUCAGACUCGAGCUCUUCCGAGUGGGACUCAGAACACUUGAGGACGAAUCUCGACGCGUCUCAGCGAUCUAACCAUCAGACUCGCCCGCUCAUACUCACGAAGCACCUCCUGCUGAUCGAGGUGCCACAGCCUGUGUAUAUGCCAUCUCCAGGACUGCGGAGGCCGUUUCCGAGGGUCGAGCGUAUCGUUUUCUCCCUCCCUCACGAAGACCCGCGUAUCGGCGUUCAUAUGGCCAGUCUCCUCAACUCCGAUGAGGAAAUCAAAAACUCCCGCAAUCCGGUGUUCCUCGCAUCUGGGCUGCAUGAAAUCGAGUUCCGGAUUUUAUGGCCAGGAUAUCCAGGGGCUAGCUACCAUCGUAUUGUCAACCUGCGUGGGCGCAAGAAUCAGCCGAUUACACGGGAUCAACUUGCGCGGUACAUCGCUGCGUCCUAUCGCGAAUUUAUACAAGAGUGCGACGACGAGCCGGUCGAUGAAGAAAUGGCACACUGGACCUUCAAACCAGACGGACCUUUGUCAUUCGAGAACCUCUGGCUCAUUGCCCUCCGUCAUGUAGCAACAAACACAUACCAGGCCGAGAUCAGAUCGAACGAGGGCUAA